UCACACCCAUCGACAACACCGCCGAUAUGCCUACCCGUCUUUCCAACACCCGCAAGCACCGCGGUCACGUCUCGGCCGGUCACGGUCGCGUAGGCAAGCACCGAAAGCAUCCCGGUGGUCGUGGUCUUGCUGGUGGUCAGCACCACCACCGUACCAACAUGGACAAGUACCACCCGGGUUACUUCGGUAAAGUCGGUAUGCGAUACUUCCACAAGAUGCAAAACGGAUUCUGGAAGCCAGUGAUCAACCUCGACAAGCUCUGGUCGCUCGUCCCACAAGAGCAGCGCGAGAAGGCUCUCGCUGGCGGCAAGUCCGACACUGCCCCAGUCCUCGACCUCCUCCCACUCGGAUACAGCAAAGUCCUCGGCAAGGGUCGCAUCCCCGCCAUCCCACUCAUCGUCCGCGCCCGCUACUUCUCCAAGGACGCCGAGCGCAAGAUCACCGAGGCCGGUGGUGUUGUCCAACUCGUUGCAUAAGCGCUUCACGAACGAUCAAAAAAGCAUGGAUGAUGGAAGGUUCUGAUGGCUGCUGAAAGUCUGGCGUUCAAGAGGAGAAAAUCUUGCACAGAAGCGGCAUGGACAUGAUACCCACGGACACCUCCUUCCAGCGUGGUAGCUGAGAAGUGAUUAUGCAAGUCUAUAGACAAAAGCAAAUCAUCUUCUGAACAAACCUUCUGACAUCCUCGCUCGAGGAUGAGCUGUUCCAGUGCGCAUGCGUACUGCUGUCCCUCACGUCUUUGCGUACGGCGAAGCGCUGCUUGAAGAGUCUCACACCUCUAGCUUCGUGGCACUUCCGACCUGCGAUGUCUGCUCCCGCGCUGUCGAUCAUUGUCGUGCGCUCGUCGGGAGAGGUUGCAGCCUCGGCCAAAUCUGUCUGUCCGAUGACUAUUGCUUCUUCAUAUUGACCGGAGUUCUUCUCCACACUGACUACACGUCC